CACACAUUAUUUCUUUCUCUCACGCCUCUCUGUUCAGAACCCAAAACCAAUUUACGCCGCCGCCAUCGUCGCCGUCGAAGCAGCUGCCUUCGAACAAUCAAACCAGCGUCGCAACCGCAAACAACAACUAACAGUGUAGGUACUUUCCAUUUCCUCAAAUGGAAUCGUUAUCUAUUCAUGACGAGCCUGAGGAUAGUUACUCUCCAUUUCCUCGAAUAGAAUCAUUAUCUAUUCCUGAAAUAUCUCCCGAGGAGAAGGAGGAUAUGAGGAGAAUGGCUUCAUGGAGGGACCAUCUAAUAUCAAGAGCAAAAAAGCGAAUAGAACGUGCUGCGAAAGAGGCCAUAGCUGCAGGACGCGAGCCUGACCCCGACAGUUACAAUCCUAAAAUCACCCAAUAUGAUUGGCUCCUUCUUCCCCCAAGCGAGUUGGGUCAGUAUCAUAUGAAGGAUGCAGGUCAAGUGCGCCCAUGAAGUGGAGAGUAAAAUUGUAUGAAGAUGUUCAAGUCUAAUCUUGUCUUGGGAAAGUAGUUGUGCGUCAACUUGCCCUCAUUUGCCGAAACUCAAGGUUCUCUUUUGUUUUUAUGUCCACUUCAAAACUCUGUUAUAAUACUAUUCUCCCGGUUUUUUUACUGAAGAAAGACAUGUUGUGUCUUAUGAUCAGUAUUGAAUUCAGUCUUGUGUUUACCUUUUUUUUUUUAAUUAAUAUAUGGUCACAUGUUAUUACUUAA